AUGGCCCUGAGAAAUUAUACCAGGGUGCCUGAAUUUAUUUUCUGUGGACUUACUCAAUCUCAAGCGCUGAGUCUGUUCUUAUUCUUCUUUUUAUCUAUGGUCUACAUAACAACUGUGUUGGCCAAUGUUGCCAUCAUGGUCACUGUCACCUGCGAGUCUCGCCUUCACACCCCCAUGUACUUCCUGCUCCGCAAUCUCUCUGUCCUGGACAUCUGCUUCUCCUCCAUCACUGCACCCAAGAUCCUAGUAGACCUUCUCUCAAGGAGAAGGACCAUUUCCUUCAAUGGCUGCAUCACACAGAUGUUUUUUUUUCACCUCCUUGGUGGGGCAGACAUUUUUUCUCUUUCUGUGAUGGCAUUAGAUCGGUACCUGGCCAUCUCCAAGCCCCUGCAUUAUGUGGCCAUCAUGGGGAGGGGACGAUGCACUGCACUCAUCACAGCCUCCUGGGUGGGGGGCUUUGUCCACUCCAUCGUGCAGAUUUCCCUAUUGCUCCCACUCCCCUUCUGUGGACCCAAUGUUGUUGAUGGCUUCUACUGUGAUGUUCCCCAGGUUCUCAAGCUUGCCUGCACGGACACAUUUGCUCUUGAGCUCCUAAUGAUUUCCAACAAUGGUCUAGUCACUACCCUGUGGUUUGUGAUUCUCCUGGUGUCCUACACCGUCAUCUUGAUGAUGCUGAGGUCUCACACUGGGGAGGGCAAGAGGAAAGCCAUCUCCACCUGCACAGCCCACAUCACUGUGGUGACCCUGCAUUUUGUACCCUGCAUCUAUGUCUAUGCCAGACCCUUCACAGCCCUCCCUCCAGACAGAGCUGUGUCCAUCACCUUCACUGUCAUCAUCCCUGUCCUGAACCCCAUAAUCUACACCUUGAGGAACCAGGAGAUGAAGUCAGCCAUGAGGAAACUAAAGAAAAGACUUGGACCCUCCAAAAGUGGAAUAGAUGCCAUGAAGUCCAGACUGGGAAGUUAG